GCGAGCCUUCUUGAGUUGAAGGAUAAGGCGGCAAGUUUUGAUCCCAAGAAGGCGGCAUAUUGGGGAAAGGCACAAAGGGUGCCGUUUAUGUUUGUAGCGAAGGCGUUGGAUGCUAUUUCUAAAGAAUCAGGGCGGAUUGCGAUAACUGCAAUUGUUUGUAACAUGUUGAGGACUGUGAUGGAAACGACGCCAGAGGAUUUGGUGGCUGUUGUUUACCUUUUGGCGAACCGGAUUGCUCCAGCUCAUGAAGGAUUGGAGCUUGGGAUUGGGGAUGCUUCGAUUAUUAAGGCUCUGUACGAGGCGUGCGGAACAAAAGAAGCACAAAUUAAGAAGCAGUACAAGGAAUCUGGUAAGGAUAGUCAAGAGAAGAAAAAGAAUCAUAUCAAGGCACUACUGGUUGCUGCUACAGAUUGUGAACCUCAGUACUUGAUUCGUCUGCUCCAGGCUAAACUGCGCAUUGGUUUAGCUGAGCAAACUCUGUUAGCUGCUUUGGGCCAUGCUGCAGUUUAUGCUGAUAAGCAAUCUUCAACUCCUGCAAAUAUAGAUUCUUCUUUAGAAGAGGCUGCUAAAAUCGUGAAACAAGUUUACUCGGUAAUUCCAGUCUAUGAUAAAAUAAUCUCUGCUCUUCUUGCUGAUGGUGUAUGGGAUCUUCCCAAGACAUGUAGCUUUUCACCUGGUGUUCCUGUUGGACCUAUGCUAGCAAAACCAACUAAGGGAGUUUCUGAAAUAUUGGAUAAGUUUCAGGAUAUUGAAUUCACCUGUGAAUACAAGUACGAUGGAGAACGUGCUCAGAUUCACUACAUGGAGGAUGGUACAGUGGAGAUAUAUAGUCGAAAUGCAGAAAGAAACACUGGAAAGUAUCCUGAUGUUGUGGAUGCAAUUUCAAGGUUUAAAAGGCCGUCUGUAACCUCAUUUGUUCUUGAUUGUGAAAUUGUUGCAUUUGAUCGUGAGAAGAAAAAAAUUCUCCCCUUCCAGGUCCUCAGCACACGGGCUCGUAAAAAUGUGGUCUUGAGUGAAAUAAAGGUUGGUGUUUGCAUAUAUGCUUUUGAUAUCUUGUAUAUCAAUGGCCAACCUCUUCUACAAGCACAGCUUGACAGUCGAAGGCAGCAUCUUUACGAGUCAUUUGAGGAAGAACCUGGCUUUUUUCAAUUUGCUACAGCAGUAACAUCAAAUGAUCUUGAGGAAAUACAGAAGUUCCUUGAAGCUGCUGUUGAUGCCAGUUGUGAGGGGUUGAUAAUUAAGACAUUGAAGAAAGAUGCCACGUAUGAGCCUUCCAAGCGGUCAAAUAACUGGCUGAAGUUGAAAAAGGAUUACAUGGAUAGUACGGGUGACUCACUGGAUUUGGUUCCCAUUGCUGCUUUCCAUGGCCGGGGAAAACGUACUGGUGUUUAUGGAGCCUUUCUCCUUGCUUGUUAUGAUGUCAACAACGAAGAAUUCCAGAGCAUAUGUAAAAUUGGCACUGGAUUUUCUGAAGCUGUGCUUGAAGAGCGCUCUGCCAGCUUGCGCUCUAAAGUUAUUCCCAAGCCAAAGUCUUAUUACCGGUACUCAGAUACAAUCAAUCCAGAUGUAUGGUUUGAACCUAUUGAGGUUUGGGAGGUAAAAGCUGCUGAUCUGACUAUCAGUCCUGUUCAUCGUGCUGCUACUGGUAUUGUGGAUUCAGACAAGGGAAUUUCUCUUCGGUUUCCACGUUUACUACGGGUUCGAGAAGAUAAGAAUCCAGAGGAUGCCUCUUCUGCUGAUAUGGUAGCAGAUAUUUAUAGAGCUCAGAAACACAAUCAAAGUAACCGCGAUGAUGAUGAGCAAUAAUGAAAGCAAUUAGUUGGAUAUUUUAGUUCAUUUAUAGAAAUGAUGCCUAUUGUGCAUGUCUGGGCAUCCACAAAAGUAAGUCGUGCCCUCUGCAAACUUGUGUUAUUGUCAAAUUUGAUGCAUUGGUUUCACUGAUCUAAGUAAUAUUCACAGUGCGAGUAAUAUAACCGAUGGCACAUGUCAUUUAAAACCCAUUUAAUUUCUUGAAUUAUGAUUUAUGAGUCACAGCUACCAAAAUAAUGUUAAAACCUGUCCAGAUACUUUUGAUUGCA